AUAGAUAGCUAUGAGAGAGAGCUGUUCGGGCAGAGAACUACCAGUACUAUCCGCUGCGGACAGAAAGUGGAGAGCGAAAAAUAACUCAAGAACCGACAGCCUGCCGUAUGCCAAUGUUCAAAAAUAUACAGUUUCGAUAGAGGCCAAGGGAUCAAGAAUCAGACGCAGAAGAUUUGAGCUUUGGUCAUCUGAAAGAGGAGAGAUAAAGAUGUCGUCUCCAAGUCCGGGCAAAAGACGAAUGGACACAGACGUGGUGAAACUCAUUGAGAGUAAACAUGAAGUCACGAUCUUGAGUGGACUCAACGAAUUUGUAGUCAAGUUUUAUGGACCACAAGGAACACCGUAUGAAGGCGGCGUAUGGAAGGUGCGAGUAGAUCUUCCUGACAAAUACCCCUUCAAAUCUCCAUCUAUAGGAUUUAUGAAUAAGAUUUUUCAUCCGAACAUCGAUGAAGCGUCAGGGACCGUGUGUUUAGAUGUGAUCAAUCAGACAUGGACCGCUCUUUAUGAUCUCACCAAUAUCUUCGAGUCGUUUUUGCCACAGUUGCUGGCCUACCCGAACCCCAUCGACCCUCUGAACGGGGACGCCGCAGCCAUGUACCUGCACCGGCCAGAGGACUACAAACAGAAAAUCAAAGAAUACAUCCAGAAAUAUGCAACAGAGGAGGCCCUGAAGGAGCAGGAGGAAGGAGCAGGCGAUUCCUCUUCAGAAAGCUCCAUGUCUGAUUUUUCAGAGGACGAAGCGCAGGACAUGGAGUUGUAGUUAGGGGCGACAGUUUCUCCCCUUUACCACAGAGACUAUAUGAUUUCCUAACCAUGCGAAGCAGACUAUAAAGAUUCAUAUUUAAACAAGGUGAUUUUUUUUAUCGUUAUUAUUAUUAUUAUUAUUACUAAACCAGGAUUUUUAUGGAUAUCUAGCGUUGACGAUGAAUACAGCACCCUCUCUAGGUGUUCCGUCUCUACUUUCUGGUGGUUGUUUUUUUUUCCCUUGACCUCUCUUUCACUCUCUCACUCGCUCUCUCCGUCACCCCACUGAAAGAAAGGCUCGUAGUGUUCGCUCCGAUUCCACCUUCCUAGCCGCGCAGCCGUAAUGCAUGUCAUCUCCUCCCUGAUCCACCUUUCGAACCGGAUUCUAAACAGAGGCUGUAUUUAAGCGGGGGUGCCCAUCUUUUUCUCCCUUGUGACGUACUAGCGUAUCAGAGACGCCUGCGGGUUCUGUCCGUGAUGCCCUGACGUGUAAACCCCCUCAGAUUAGAGGACGGUCUUCAAUUGGAGUUGUUGCUGUUGGAUUGGACGCAUUUUGCCAGACACAUCCCUGUUUCUUCGUUUCACCUCAGCGGUUUGAUCGAUUCCAUUCGACCUUCCCAGUGCAAGUCAUUUUGAAUAAUCGCCUGGUUGUCGUUUUUGUUUGUUUUCUCUUUGAACAGCUGUAUUUUUUUUAAGUGACGAUAAAAAUGUUAGCCGAAGGAAAUGGCAGGUUAUUUUGUUGAUUUUAGUUUUCGUUUUAUUUCACUUUUUAUUUGGGUCUCACCUUGGGGGAAAGUUUCCACGCUGUGUCAAGAUGAUCAUCAGGAUUUUACAGAAUGUCAUCAAUUUUUUCCAAUGAAAACAAAGCUGUGAGCGUUAGAUGUAUUGUUUGUUUAUUGGGUUGCAGUGUUCUUUACUUUGCUGUCGAUCGGUUAGCCGUCCCAACAUUGAUAAAAACAUCUUUGCAAAGUAUUUGGUGACCAAAAAAAACCCUGUAUUGUGAAAAUUAGACAUGACAAAACCUUCACAAGCACAACCUAUCCCUCACAUCUUAGUUUUUAUUUGCAAAAAAUUAAAUAUGGCGUUUACCCUGAUUAAUGUCUAUAGAUACAAACCAGUCCCACAGUUCCGCUCCAGUUUGUCUACUGUGGAAAUAUCCCCACCUCUCCCUUUAUAUUCCAAAUCUUUUGACAUGAGUGUCUCUAAAAGAUGUAGAUAAAGAGGCUAGCACACAGAGAUUCAACAGAAGCUCACUAAUUUUCAACUAGCUCUGUUUUUUUUGUUGUUUUUUUGCUUUGUGGAAGCCCUGGCUGGAUUUUAAGACAUCUCAAAAUGUCUAGGAACAAGAGCACAAGUCUUUAUUUUCUAGACACCUGAGGAACAGUACAGUCUGUGCCCUGUCUGGCCUCUCCAUGUUCCAUUUUCUAAUAACAAUGUAUAUGAAAAGAGUGUUUGUCUUUCUGUUACUGUCUCGCAUCCUUUUCGGCUCCCUUUUUUGUACGUUGUGGUAUGAUACGGAAGUGGAGUUGUGUAGGACUUCGAAGAAAAGUCGAAGAGACAUUUGUAGUAAUCAUCUUUCCUAUUGCUUGUGCAUACUGUAUCUACGCUAGAUGUUGUUUGACCUCAUGUAGAUCUAGUUAGUUUACUGGGUGGUGAAGUCAAAAUGUUCAUAUGGAUUUAAGUUUUGCUUAACCUGCUUGUCAGGAUACACAUUAUCCGGUGGAUUAGGUUUGGUUAGAUUUGCCUCCGUCGGUUAGGAUUCAUAAGAACCUACUUGUGGUUUUAGUUGAAGUGAGUAACAUUUACUAACGUGGAGGUGAGUUUUUGCUGGCACGGCAGAUGUGUUCUGUAUAAAGAGCUUUUGAUUUUUAACACGCACCUGCAGAAAUCAACAUAUAAAACACGAAGAACCACGUUUAGUUGGUUCGGUUGUGUUUAUUCAGUAUUCUCACAUUAUGACGCCAAACAGUCCGCCAGAUUUAUUCAUUGUCUGGAAAAUAAAAGCUUCGCGGAUGUCAGCCUCCGUGGAAUAGCAUAGGGUUUUCUGUUCAAAACUUGGCUCGUGUGGUUGUUACAAAGCUGCCAAUAUUUAUCCUCCAGAGUUGCGUUCUGCUGUUUUCUCAGAUCGAUGUUUCAUGGGCAAAACAAGAGUUUUGAAGUUUAGCCCGUGUCUAGAAUUGGCCGAAUAGUGCAAUGAAGAAAAGUUCAAAUAUUUUCCGGUCUGGUUUUCUACAUAAACACCAUCUUUCUCACCUGUAUGCAGUAUUGUGUUUGAGUGAGGGGUAGUCGAGAGACGGGCAGUGGACCGAUGUGAGGUGAUGUGAAUCUGCGUCUCUUAAUCAGAGGGAGAGAUGUCUUCUUUUUCUUUUCUUUUGAAUUGAGGCUUUGUUUCCCAUACAACACGGCCUUCCCACCCUUGUCUCUCAGAUACAUGAAAAAUGCAUCUCGAUUGUGGUUUGGUUGCAUAGCAACAAACACACACACACAGUGUGUCAUAAGGAACAACACACUCCGCCUCUCUCUUUCUUUUAUUUCUGCUUUAUUUUUGCUCCCUGGACUUGUGGAAAUUUAGUUCUAAUAUUUGUUUCUUUGUUUUUAACUGUCAUGUCAAAGAGUAAAAUUGACUAAAGAAGCUGAGAAAUAAACAUGUAUUUGUGUGCUUCCAUUACAAGUUUAAUUUGAAAUGAUACUGAAAUUGUGAAUUUAUUUUUUAUUAUUUACUAAUUUUCAGAUUUAUUUUGUAAUGUCAAUAAAACAGAGGCACCCAUUUGGAGCAGGUAAUAUUGACAAUAUCUUGUGUUUGAGGAUAGAGGGCGCUCUUCAGAGUUGGUUUAGUGGUUGGGGUGGAAUAAACAAUUACAGUGUGUUCCUUUUUGUUUCGCACCCAUAAACCCGCAGUGCUUAAACACGCACUACACAUCUACACACGUUCAGGGGACAGCAGUUAUUAAUGUCAAGAUCUCCAGCUGUUUGUUUGAUAGGGAGAGAGAAAGAGAGAGGGAAGAAGAGUUUUGUCUUCCGGCUGUCAUGGCCUCAGAGGCUUGCCCUAUUGGGCCUCUGGGUCGAUGGCAUCACAUCUCCUCUUGCAUUUGUGUUGAGCAGCUCUCCAGUGCACUUUUGCAUGCGUCUGGUGUAGAGUCCAGUCUAGUUGAGUCCUGGCUGUCCACUUCUUUAAUUUUUAUACCUGUGCUUCAAAGGGUGCUCAGACAUCGGGCUUAUGUGGGCACACAGCAUGGAUUUUUUUAAUAGUAUCUGUAUUUAGUACCUAGUGUGUGAUACGCUGAUAAAAAAAUCAAAACAUACACUUUUUGUUAAUCACAGGUAUUACGGUAAUUUGCCCCUUUUAUUUCCUUAUCCAUUAACCUUACUCUUUAUUUUUGCCUUUUCUUUUAUCUUUUGCAUUGUGAAGUGGGCAUGCCUGUCACAAAAGACAAAUGCUCUUUAUCUAUAGGAUUAUAAUCUCUUAAAUAGCUGUGUACAGUAAACUGUAAUAACUUCUUUUUUAAUAAAAUAUUAAAUAUGUGUAC